AUGUCUGGCCGCUUUGAACAAUGCUACGACAACCUCCGCCUGUCUAAAAACGCCUGGGACAGCAACAUCAUCAAGGCCAACCCCAAGUACCUCGCAGUCAACUACGAGUCUGGCGGAGGCGGUGCCUUUGUUGUCAUUCCCGUCGACGAGCGCGGCAAGCUGCCCGACAUUCUCCCCCUGUUCCGCGGCCACACCGGCCCCGUCCUCGAUACCGACUGGAACCCCUUCAAUGACGACGUCAUCGCCUCCGCUUCCGACGACGGCAAGGUCUUCCUCUGGAAGGUGCCCGAGAACUUCUCCCUCCACACCGAUGCCGACGAGCCGCAAGAUGUCGCCCCCGCCGCCAAGCUAGCCGGCCAUACCAGGAAGGUCGGACACGUCCUCUGGAACCCCGCCGCCGAGAACGUCCUCGCCAGCUCCUCGGGCGACUACCUCGUCAAGCUCUGGGACGUCGAGCACGGCCAGCAAAAGCUGACUCUCAAGCACAACGACAUGGUCCAGUCGCUCUCCUACAGCGCCAAUGGCUCUCUGCUCGUCACUACUAGCCGCGACAAGAAGCUCCGCAUCUGGGAUGUGCGCCAGGAGAAGGCCGUCCACGAGGGUGCCGGCCACAACGGCGCCAAGAACAGCCGCGCCGUCUGGAUGGGCGAGCACGACAGGAUCGCAACCACCGGCUUCUCCAAGAUGAGUGACCGUCAGCUCGGUCUGUGGGACAUCAGGGCCGCGAGGGAGCCGCUGAACGGUUUCGAGAUUCUCGACUCCAUUUCUGGUGUCUGCAUGCCUUUCUGGGAUGAUGGUACCAACAUGCUGUACCUUGCUGGCAAGGGUGAUGGCAACAUCCGGUACUUCGAGUACGAGAACGACAAGUUCGAGUUCAUCUCCGAGUACAAGUCUGUCGACCCCCAGCGUGGCGUUGCUUUCAUGCCGAAGCGCGGUGUUAACCUCCACGACAACGAAGUCGCUCGCGCCUACAAGACCGUCAACGACAACUACAUCGAGCCCAUUGCCUUCAUCGUCCCCAGGCGGGCCGAGGUUUUCCAGGGCGACAUCUACCCUCCGGCCACCGGCACCAAGCCCGCCAUGUCCGCAGCCGAAUACUGGGACGGCAAGGACGGCAUCCCGCCCAAGUUCUCGCUGGAAGCCGCUUACGAGGGCACGGCUCCCGUCGAGGUUCCCACGGAAUACAAGUCCUCCCCUGCCCCUGCCCUUGUCCCGGCGUCUAAGGAAGAGCCUAAGCUCGAGCCUAAGCCUGAGCCGACCCUCGCCCCCGCCUCCCGCGGCCCGCCCCCUUCGGUCAACGAGAACAAGGCCUCCAUGGCCGACGCGGCGGCCAAGUUCGCCGACAAGGAGGAGGCCGAACCCGCCGAGGACGACUCCAGCUUCGAGGAGAUCCAAAAGCCCGUGGAGCGCCAAUCCUUCACCGCAUCCCGCCAGGAGGAAAAGGUCCGCGGCCCUCCGGAAUCCACCAAGGCGCCCGAGCCCGCCGCAGCUCCCGCGCCCGCCGCAGCUCCCGAGCCGGAAGCCACCGUCAAGGAGACGCCCCGCUCGGUUUCGACGUCGUCGGCGAGCGGAGCGGCGAGCAGCGCGGCGGCGGGCAUCAAGGACUACCUCUCGGAGAUCAAGUCGAUGCUCGAGAGCCAGGGCGCGCAGAUGACGAGCCAGCUCGAGCAGAUCACGCACCUCACCUCCGAGGUCAACCUGCUGAAGGCGAAGGUCGCGGACAUCAGCGCCGGCGGCGAAAAGGACGAGCGCAUCAGGCAGCUCGAGCUCGAGCUCGAGGAGGCUCGCUCAUGA